UUUAUCUUCCACUGAAAAGCAACGCAUUGUCGUACUGUGAAGCGGCGGAACACCUGAUCAUUGCUCUCCAACACCGACCAUCCCAACUAAAACCAAGUACCGCUAUUUUCAGUUUGAGGCUUCGGCAGUUGAGCUCGAAUCAUGCGCACCUUAGCAGCUCAGCUCAACACUUUGUUGUUCAAAAGAAAGCCUUGGAAUGUGCAGUCUCGAAACUUCUCAUCAUCCAAUGGAAAAGUUGCAGAUCAAGCGUCUCUUGAACAGGAAGCUGAGAGGAAAAUAGGAUGGCUGUUGAAACUCUUCUUUGCUGGCACUGCAACUUUUGUUGCUUAUCAAUUCUUCCCCUACAUGGGAGAUAAUUUGAUGCACCAAUCUGUGUCACUUUUGCAUGUUAAGGAUCCCUUGUUUAAGAGAAUGGGGGCAUCUAGAUUAGCCCGUUUUGCAGUCGACGAUCAAAGAAGGAUGAAAAUAGUGGAGAUUGGUGGAGCGCAAGAGCUCUUGCAUAUGUUGGGAUCUGCUAAAGAUGAAUGCACACAGAAAGAGGCUCUGAAAGCUCUUAGUGCACUGUCAAAAUCAGAUGAAGCAGUUAAAGCUUUACACAGUGCUGGGGCAAUCUCAGUUAUAAAGUCUACCCCAGACACCUUUGAAGACGCCGAAAUUGGGACAUACAAAACAAACUUAUUGAAGAGAUUUCAAGAUUUGAGAUAUGAUAUUUCAUCAUGAGAUUUGAGAUACGAUAUUUCAUCAUGAGAAGUUUUUGACUCUUUGAAUUUGGGGUUGAAGACCAAUUAGGUGAAGAAGCCUUAGCAUUGAAGGAAUCUCUAUUUCAUAGGAGCAAAUGAAAAUUUGAAUGUAUCUUUUUGCUGAUUGUAGAGUUCAAAAUUCACACUCUGUGCCUCUGGCUUGGAUUCUCAUGUGCCUGUUUCUUUCAUAUUUACUUCAAAGUGUGGCCUUUUUCGCUUACAACACAGAAUUCAGUGGAUUAUCCCAAGGAAAUAAGGAAUUUUUUCCCUGCCCUACAGCCUUGGUUCAUUACCUUACUAACUUGUCAUGUGGUUGAUUUAAAGCAAUUCAAUUAACAUGGGCAGUGUAGUCUGAGCCCUCUUCUCCACUGCCUUACAGGAUCCACCUGUUGUGAUCCUGCAUUGGGUGUGAGUGACAUUUUUCAUCUAAAAACAUGGAAAUUGAUCAUCUGGAGCAAGUGAAUAGUUUCUUCUUCAUCCUGGAUGAUUUGAAGCGGUAACUUUCAUGCUUAGAAUACAGUUCCCAUUCAUAACAUAACAAAUUAAUGGAACUUGUACAAGAAAAUAAAUUAGAUAUUAAAUGAAGACUAGUAAUGCACCUUCAACUUCCCCUAUGCCAUGAAUUCCAAAGUAGAGCUGUGAAGAAAAAAUAGUUCAAAAUAGAUACAGCAGUUAGAUUGUCAUGAAAUUUUGCGCAUGAAAGAACAUCGAAUUAUUUAGGACUGUCAUAGUGGUCAUGUGAUCAUCCAGGGUCUAUUAGCCACCUAAUGCAUGGCAUAAAUAUUCUAUCAAAACAUUAAAUAAUCAAAUAUGGAAAUGAUGAAGCUAGCAAAGCAAAUCUCUAUUUCUCUAUUUUGCAUAAAAGUUGGGUCAUUUGGUAAUCUGGUAUUUUGUCAAUAUAUAGUAAUUGACCGUUUUGAGGGGACGGCCGCGUCAGUUGUAAUGAAACAAACAACAAAAGAAAAGAUAACACUAAAAUACAAGAACCUCUGCCAAAAAAAAAAAAAAAA